UAAUCAAUGGGUCUGAACCAAAAAAACACAAUAGGUAGCUGAGCUACAGAGAUUCUUGCUCUUCCCUGCCCACAGAUUUCCCAGAAGUAAUAAAAGUUCUUACAAAAUCUUGCUAGAUCUAUCCUCCUUAAUUUUCCCAAAAAGGAGUUCGAUAAAAUCGACCUGCCCUGAAACAAAAAUCGAUAAAUCGAUCGGAAAACUCCGCCGGGAAAUGUCGAACAGGUGUUUGAGCUUCACAGCAUCAAGAGACAGCUGCUAUAGAUUCUCCUUCUCCGGCGCCGGACUGAGGUCCACCACCGCCGACCUCGGCGACGGCACCGUCGUCCACUGCUGGGCCCCGAAAGCCCACAAGCCCAAGAAGCCGACUCUGAUCCUCAUCCACGGACUCGGCGCCAACGCAAUGUGGCAGUGGAACGACGUCGUUUCGCCCCUCGCCUUGAAAUUCAACGUCUACGUCCCGGACCUCAUCUUCUUCGGCGAUUCCUACACCACCCGGUCGGACCGGACCGAGGCGUUUCAGGCGAGUUGCGUGAUGCGGGCGGUGGAGGCGAUCGGCGCCGCCAAGCCGAUGCGCGUCGUCGGGCUGAGCUACGGCGGAUUUGUGGCCUACAGCAUGGCGGCGCAAUUCCCCGCGGCGGUGGAUAGAGUGGUGCUAGGAUGCGCCGGGGUGUGCUUGGAGGAGGAGGAUAUGGCGGCGGGGAUGUUCAGCGUGAAGAGCGUCGAUGAAGCCAUCGAUGUUUUGCUGCCGCAGACUCCUGACAAGCUCAGGGAACUCGUGAAGUUGUCGUUUUAUAAGCCUGUCAGGAAUGUGCCCUCCUGCUUUCUCGCCGAUUUCAUUGAUGUAAUGUGCACGGAAAAUCUUCAAGAAAGGAAGGAAUUGAUCUAUGCACUCCACAAGGACAGAAAGCUUUCAGAUCUCCCUAAAAUUUCUCAGCCGACAUUAAUUAUUUGGGGCGAACAUGACCGAAUUUUCCCACUGGAAUUAGGCCAUAGAUUAAAAAGAUAUUUGGAACACAAUGCGGAGAUUGUAGUGCUGAAGAAUGCAGGGCAUGCAAUUAACAUGGAGAAGACAAAGGAAUUCUACCGUCACAUUAAGUCAUUUGUCAGCAGCAGCGCGCCUUCGGCUACUAAGCCAGCGAGAAAUAUCAAUGGCGACAUUUGCAAGGUUGAUGAUGAGGGAGGGGGAAAGUAAUGCAAUUAGUUUGUAGAUUUCUGCGCGCCUAAAUUAAACUCAGGCUGGCUCACUAGAAUUCUUGCGCGCUUGAUGUCUGUUUGUCUUCCAUGGCUGGUUCUCGGCGGCGCGCCCUUUGUGAAUUGAAUACAUUAUGCUGAGGUAUGUAUAGAAACUGAACAUCUGUGCUAGUGUGGAUACAGUUGGAGCUGUUCUUGUUGUGAAAGCAUCUCUACAUAUUGCAAUGUGUAAUGUAUAUGCAUUUUUAUACCAAGAAGGAAGCCUUUGAUGAGGUUUUGUAUCA